UUUCCUUUUAUAUAUUCGAACCCUCGCUCUAUUUGCCUCGGUUCCAUAAUAUUCAUUUCCUCUCUCUCUCUCUCUCUCUCCACACGAUCUUCUUUGUUCUCUGUCUCUCCGUGUAAUAUCAUUGUUCCUCUCUCUCUCUCUCUCUCUCUCUCUCUCGGUUGGUGAUUUUGUUACAGUGAAUGUGCAGUGCAUUCGCGGUUUCGAUUGAUAACUCACAUUUUCCGGCGGUUUUGGCCGGAAUUUCGAUCGGGAAGUCAUACAGUCUUUGGUUUGUGCCGGAGUUUACAGCGCAUUAGUGGAACUGAUACGUUUGAGCUCUCAGUGGUGGUCAUUUCGGUUUGUUCUUUAUGCUUUAGAAAGACGAAGUGGAGUCUUUUUUUUUUUUUUUCUGGUAUUUUGACCGGAGUAGUGGCCGGAAAUUACCUCAGAUGGUUGGAAUGAAAUUUGAAGCCUGGAAAGGUUUCUGACUUCAUUCCUCAAAUUUCUGUAUUUCUUGAAUUCAAAGCUUGUUGACUACCUCUUAAGUCUCUCUUGAAACGGAGUUUGAGGAGAUCUGAACACGUUUUAAAGAGAUUGGGGUGAAAUAAACUGAAAUCUAGGGUUUCUUGAGUUAAAUUCUGCUACUUUUAGCAGUUUAGGGAUUGAAAUAGGCGAUUAUUUCGGAGUGAUUUUGGAUUUGGAGGUUAAAAUCGGUGAUCUGGAACUGGUUUGCCACUUUUAGAGGGAAAAGGAAACAGUUGAGUCUAUUUGUGAUGAUUUUGAGUUGAUCUGAGUCCAUUAGCUCCACAACAGUUGAAAAAGGAUAUUAUUUCUUCCUUUUCUGGAACCUGCAAUUUUGGAGAUACUUGGUUGUGUAUUGUAGUCAAAUAAUUAGUGGUUGCAACUCAUUUCUGGGCAGAAUUAGAAGUAUAAAUCGAUGGAAAAUGGCAGUGGAGCCCAGUGGAGAGGUUCUAUGGUCUCUCUAAAGGGCAACUCAUUGUAGGCAACAGUUUUCUCUGGCCUUUGUGUUUUUUGCACGCCAUUGUUUCAGACAAGUGUUCAAUCUAUUCGCUCUCUCAUUUCAUCUAUUAUUUGAAGAGCCAGGAGUUUCAGUUAUAAAAUUAGAGAAAAUUUCAGUGUCGGCCGUGAAGAAUUUGAUCCCCUUUCAUUCAGUCUUCCGAGCCUUUCAGAGAGAGGUUUGGGACCAAGCGUUCAAUCGGGGAUAUUUCCGAGCUUCAGAUACCCUCCUUUCAAAUUCAAGAUGAUGAGAAUCAGGGCAAAGAAUCCAGGACCCAUGACGAUGAAUGGGAGCUCAAAUGGCGGUGGCUCUGAAAUAGUGGAUUGGGAGCUCAGGCCAGGAGGAAUGCUUGUUCAGAAGAGGAGCCUAGGUAUUGAUCAGGCUUCUUCUGCGCCAGCUCCCACCAUCAGGGUUAGAGUAAAAUAUGGAGCUUUGAUGCAUGAGAUCCACAUCAGUUCUCAAGCCACAUUUGGGGAGUUGAAGAAAUUGCUUGCAUCCGAGACAGGACUCCACACUCAAGACCAAAAGCUUCUUUUUAAAGACAAGGAGAGGGAUUCUAAUGCUUAUUUGGACAUGGCGGGAGUGAAGGACAAGUCAAAGAUUGUGCUGAUUGAAGAUCCCACCAGUCAGGAGAGAAGGUAUAUUGAGAUGAGGAAGAAUGCAAAGAUGGAAAGAGCUUCAAAAUCCAUUGCAGAGAUCAGUUUGGAGGUGGAUAAGCUUGCGGCCCAGGUUGCUUCUCUUGAAUCUGUUAUCUCCAGAGGUGGAAAAGUAGCUGAGAAUGAGGUCUUGGGUUUGAUUGAACUCUUGAUGAAUCAGCUUCUCAAACUUGAUGGCGUUGUGGCUGAUGGAGAUGUCAAAUUGCAGAGAAGAAUUCAGGUGAAGAGAGUGCAAAAGUAUGUUGAGACUCUAGACAUGCUAAAGAUACGCAACUCCAUACCAAACGGACACAUCCCUCAGCGUCAGGGCCCCGUGGUCGUGACCACAAAAUGGGAGACCUUCGAUUCGGCACCUCCCCCUUCAACCUCGUCCUCUGCAAAGCUGAAUUGGGAGUUUUUUGAUUGAGUGAGUACAUAUGGUUUGUAUCAGAGUGAGCGUGUUUUUUGUUUUUUUACUCAGUUGAUCUCUCUCUCUCUCCCUCUCUCUAUUAUUUUUUGUAUCUAAUGUCUGCUCAUUGAUCCUUUGGAAUAAAUGGGGAUGAUAGUCUUGUUCUGUUCU